AUGGAUCUUGCUAGCCAACUAGAACAAGCCUUUGCCGAACGAGAGCGGAUCGCCGACGAGAUCUUGACCAACAAACAAGCUGUGAUUGACUACGAUCGACGACGCAACAGCAAUCGAGAAGGCUUGAGGCAGUUCAAGAAUUUGCGUAGCGACAAGAAAGCAUGGAUCAACAUGGGCAAUAUGUUUAUAAAGUUACCAGUGGAGGAUGCCAAGACACACAUUGAACGAGAACAAAAUGAGUUAUCAGAAAAGAUUGAUACUGCACGUGCAACAAUCAAGAACAAGACCCAGGUCCUGGAAAAGUUAGAAGGAAAGGAUAGAUUGAAGGGAUUUGAUUUGAAAGCUAUCUCGUCAGAUGAUCUCUAUGGUAUUGCUCGGAAAUAA